AUCUCACAUGACAAAACCCCCCACCUGGUUCCAAACCCUUCGUCUCUCUCCAACGACGGACAUCACCGGCGACACCCUACGGCAAGUCACCGGAGCUUUGUUUGCGUCGGAAAAUAUAUCUACUAUUCCAAAAGUCAUUCAAUCGUGGAUCGAAGUCUCAAGAAUAGAUGGAAACAAUGGAUGGACCCGUUCCGGAAGUUCGAACCGAAGGCGAACCCGCUGUUGCGGAGGAAUUAGGGCAAAAUGUUGAUCAGAUAAUCGUGAAGGUUGAUGAGCUUGAGCAAAGAUUAAACGAAGUUGAGCAAUUCUAUUCAAAGCCAGGAAAAAAACAGUCAAACACUUCUAAAGCUAGUUCAGUGAUGAAAGAAAAAGAUAAAGAUAAACAAAUAACCAGCUUUAAAAGACGCCAGCUGGACGCAUCACGCAGAGAAGCAGCUGCUACAAAAAGAAUGCAAGAUCUUAUGCGACAGUUUUCUGUAUUAUUACGCCAGCACAUCAUUGGCCACAAGUGGUCUGGACCAUUUAUGCAACCUGUGGAUGUAGUAGGGCUUGGUUUACAUGAUUACUAUGAGGUUAUUGAAAAGCCAAUGGACUUCAGUACAAUUAAGGCCAAAAUGGAGGCGAAAGAUGGGACAGGGUAUAAUAAUGUGAGAGAAAUAUGUGCAGAUGUGAGAUUAAUUUUUAAAAAUGCUAUGAAAUAUAAUGAUGAAAGAAACGAUGUUCAUGUCAUGGCCAAAACUUUACUCGCAAAAUUUGAGGAAAAAUGGCUCCAACUUUUGCCAAAAGUUGACGAAGAGGAUGAAAGACGAAAAAAGGAAGAAGCAGAAGCACAGUUAGAUAUCCAACUUGCUCAAGAGGUUUCUCAUGCCAAAAUGGCUAGAGACUUAAGUGCUGAACUUGAAAAGGUUGACAAGAAUCUCAAAGAACUUAGAGAUGUUGUCCUCAGAAAUUGCAGGAAAAUGUCUACAGAAGAAAAGAAAGCGCUAAUGACGGUUUUGACCCAAUUAUCCCCCGAAGACCUAAACAAGGCACUGCUAAUUGUCGCCCAAAAUAACCCAAAUUUCCAAGCAACCGGUCAAGAAGUUGACCUCGACAUCGACGCACAGAGUGAGUCUACGUUGUGGAAGUUGAAGUUUUUUGUGAAAGAGUUACUUCAAGGGCAAGGAAAGAGUCCAACAAGCAAUGGUGGAAAUAGUACUAUGAACAACAACGUUAAUCAAAACAAAAGGAAAAGAGAGAGUAUUGAUGCACAAGCCGCCAAGCCGCCUGCUCAAAAAAAGAAUAAUAAAAAGCCUUCUUAAAUCGUAAUUGCUCUUGUCCUUUUUGGUUAAAUCUGUGUUUAUGUGAAUAAUAAUACACUUCGCUUAAGUCACUUAUUGUACCUUUUUAAAUAACAAAGAACCCGGUCAACUUUCGGUUUU